AAGGACUUCUUGAAUCUUCUAAAUGUCAUUCAUUUCUAUGGAAGCCAGCCCAAGUUUUCUCCUUAUGAUUUUAGUCAUUGGUGCCCUUGUCGGGCUCUAGAAACAAUCUGUUUAACCAGAUCAUUUGACCAAAUUCAUUCUCAUCAGUCAUAUUAUUUUCAGAUAUGGCUAACCAUACUUUGAAAAGUACGUGACUCACAAAAAAAAAAAAGAAAAAAAAAAACUCCCUGAGUUGAAUCAAAAGAGAGGAAGUGCUAAGCAAAUACAGGAACUAAAAGAAAUUUAGAGAGCACUUCAUGCAGUCUCACUCAAUUGCUUUGCUGUCUUCUAAUCCUACACCUUGCUGGAGUUACUUGGGUUUGUGAAGAUGGAAGAUCUGGAUGCUUUGUUAGAAGAACUGGAGCGAUCUUCCCUGGGGGAAAGUAAUGAGGAUCCUGAACCUCUCCAGGGACCCAGGAAGGAUGGGAAGGUGGCGGAGGUGGCCAAGGCCAGUCUACUCCAAGAUGACACACUGCCCAUGCCGGCGCAGGUGAUAUAUACUACAAAGAUUGAAGAGGUCAAUGUCUACAGUGACAUUCAAGAGCCAGAGGCCGAGAGGCCGCCUCAGAGCACACCUCAGAGCACACCUCAGAGCACCUCAGCGGCCGCCCAGCUGGAUGAGCUCAUGGCUCACCUGUGUCAGAUGCAGUCCAAGGUCAUGGGGAAGUCUGCUGGCCCCAGGGAGCCGCUGCCAAAGAAAGAUACCAACAAUUCUUUGGACACGAUGCUUGGGGGAUUGGAGCAGGACUUGCAGAACCUUGGUAUUGCCACCACCCCCAAGGGCCACUGUGCUUCCUGCCAAAAACCCAUUGCUGGAAAGGUGAUCACAGCUCUGGGGAAGACCUGGCACCCGGAACACUUCGUCUGCGCUCACUGCAAGACGGAGCUGGGCUGCGGCAGCCCCUUCUUCGAGCGCGGCGGCCUGGGCUACUGCUCCCACGACUACCACGAGCUGUUCUCGCCCCGCUGCGCCUACUGCGCAGCCCCCAUUCUUGACAAGGUGCUGACGGCGAUGGACCAGACGUGGCACCCGGAGCACUUCUUCUGCGCCCACUGUGGGGAGGUGUUCAGUGAGGAAGGAUUCCAUGAAAAGGACAAGAAGCCGUACUGCCGGAAAGAUUUCUUGGCCAUGUUUGCUCCCAAGUGUGGAGGCUGCAACCGGCCCGUGUUGGAAAAUUACCUGACUGCCAUGGAUGCUGUCUGGCACCCAGAGUGCUUCGUGUGUAGGGACUGUUUCCAGGCUUUCUGUACAGCCUCCUUCUUCGAGCUGGACGGACAGCCUUUCUGCGAGCUGCACUACCACCGGCGGCGAGGGACCAUCUGCUACGGGUGCGAGCUGCCCAUCAGUGGCCGCUGCAUCAGCGCCAUGGGCCGCAAGUUUCACCCGGAGCACUUUGUGUGCGCCUUCUGCCUGAGCCAGCUGUCCAAGGGCAUCUUCCGAGAACAGAAUGACAAGGCCUACUGUCAGCCCUGCUUCAACAGGCUCUUCCCUCUCUAACUCCAAGGUGUUCCCCGGGCCCUUCUGAUACCAGCCGGGCCCAGGGGAGAAGGGGCACAAGAAACCCCCACUGACCUCUCAGCAGCCUGAUGGGGAGGCCGGAGCAGUGAGGAGACGCUUCUCAACAGGGCAGAGGCCUUUCCUUCCCAACAUGGGCUAAGCCUUUUCUAGAUUUGCUUAUCCUUCCCCAGGGUAGCCAACCCUUAAAAGUGCUAGUUACUCUGAGCUCCUCCCUCACUAGAAACAUAGAGCUCAGUUUUAUUGCUUUGUGUACUCAUCACACACAUAGACACUGACAUGACACACACACAUAGCUCCUCUCUUUCUUCUCUCUCUGUCACUCUUUUCUCUCUCUCUCUC